AUGCACAGUCUCGCUGUACUGGCUUCUUUAUGCCAUCUUAUCUGCGCACUAUCGAUCCCUGUUCACCCGGAGAAAAGAGACAUUUCAGCUGGGGUUGCUAUUUAUAGCUGCACACGGCCAAACACCAUUGCUCUCACCUUCGAUGACGGCCCAUUCGUUUACACAGAUUCUGUGCUCGAUCAACUUGCUUCGGCUGGAAUUGCGGCCACGUUCUUCCUCAAUGGCUACAACGUUGGGAAUAUCAUGGACUACCAAGCCACUGUUAACAGGAUGAUCGAAGAGGGACACCAAGUCGCGUCACAUACCUAUGGGCAUCCAGAUCUCGCAGGCCUUGCAGAUUUCGACGUCGAGCAGCAAAUGUCGCUUCUGAGCAAUGAGUUCAUCAACAUCAUCGGCAAGUAUCCUGUUUACAUGCGUCCUCCCUAUUUUAGCUUCAACGCUCGCACGCUUGGAGUCCUUGGUCAAUUGGGCUUCAAGGUCAUUAUCGCUGAUAUCGACACCAACGAUUGGCAGUACUCGUCAUCCGGUGGUGCCGAACCCUCUUUAGCUUUAUUCUACGCUGGGCUUAACAAUAGCGGCUCUAUCGUUCUUAUGCAUGACGUUCAUCAGAAUACUGUUCAGAAUAUUCUGCCUCGAAUUAUUCAGGCUACUCUUCAAAGUGGAAAGAGAGCUGUGACCGUGGGGGAGUGUCUUGGAGAUCCCGAGACAAAUUGGUACCGAGGUGGAGCAACCCAGACACCAGAAUGGAACAGCACCGGCACCGAAGUUGUCCCUAUCGAUCAGACGCCUGCACCAGAGAGAGCGGUGGUAUGGGAGUAA